AUGAUUGGUGGAAGUCUACGAAGCAACAAAUCGACUAAAUCAAGAAUUGUAAGAAGGAAAAGUGUCGAAGAAUGUGAAUUUGAUGACAUUCGAACAGCACAAGCUUUGAAUUCAUGUGGUUUAUGGGUCUGCGAUCAAGAGGUAAUUAGAGGUUUGAAAGCUGUGAGGUAUAGGCAAACAAGGGAUAAAUUAUAUUAAGAAUAGGGAGGAGGGGGGGAGGGGGGGGGGGGGACCUAGGACCGUGCUAGGCUGGGCCGAAGCUAGGCAUUGUGCUACUAUUUUAUUUCUAUAUUAAGCAACAAUUUAGAACAGGCGUAUGUUACAAAAAAUAGUACUAAAGACAUCAUUUCAGACAGUCGAAUACAGAAUGCGUCGUUUCCGCCGUCAUUUGCUUCGAAAACUGUCGUCAAACUCAAUGGACCCUGAGGAAAUGAGUUUGGAAAUGAAAAAGUUUUGCAUCAGUUUGUGUUUGCGACACAACAUUCACCUGGAUUGGCAUUUGGAAAAGCCGAGUUUAUUGAGUGUCAAGAAGAUCAAAAGGAAAAAUUUAUUUAAAAUCUUGUCGCUGCGACGAUUUGGCCGCAAAAGUAUUUGA